AAACUACAAAACAAUUUAGUGUAUUGAGAAACGUUGAACAAGUAACACGAGUGAAACAACAAACAAAAAGUGAAUUAAUUAAAUUAUUUUGAACCACUGAACCUAAAGUGAGAAAUUUGAGUAACGAAUAAAUAAAAAAUUUAAUAACAACAACAAGCAAACGCUAAUUUAGCCCCAAAACACAAUGGGUACGAGAAGCAAAUUAAACUACUUGCUACUGGCAAUGGUCAUGUUCGCCAUUGUCACCGAUGUACAAGUGCAAGCUAAACGUAUCUACAGCUCAGGCAGUGGUCGUCGUACAUCGUCUUCAUCUUCUUCAAAUGUUAGACGCACCUCAUAUAACAAACCCAGCACUAGUCACAGCUCUUCCAGUCACAGUUCUUCAAGUCAUUCUAGCCCCACCUUGUCGCAUACUGGCUUAAGUUCAUUGAGUUAUGCUGGCUAUAAUCAACAGGCUAAUAGGCGUCCCAGUAAUACAGGUACAUUGAGUGCUUCACGUCCUGCAGGUAGUAGUAAUACACAUACCUCGGCCGCUAGACCUAGUUCUGCACCUAUAGGAUGGAAUGUGCCACCUAAGCAGGGACCACCACCAGCCUAUUCGGCUACAAAUCCGGUGGGAGGUGCUAAAACAAACAUUCACGAAAAAUCACCAGCUUAUAACCCCAGCUAUUCAGCACCUCCUAGUUAUCAGUCGGCCACUAAUACUGCAAAUAGACCUAUAGCAGCUACACACCACAAUAAUCAACAAUCCAGCUAUAAUCGUAAUCGUUUUAACUCUACCGGAGGAAGUUUUGGAAGUGGUGGUUAUCACACACCCAUAACAGCUACUAAUGCUCAAAAUGUACAGUCAAGUUAUCCCAGACAACAGGUGCCAGCUGGAGCCUCAUAUUACCCAUCAUCUGCUUCCUUGCCUGCUGGAGCCACUUAUCAUUCUCCUGGACAUUUGCCUGCCGGAGCCACUUAUCACCCUGCUGGCCAGUUGCCUGCUGGUGCUAGCUAUCAUCCUGCUGGCCAGUUGCCUGCUGGUGCCAGCUAUCAUCCUGCUGGUCAUGUACCCGCUGGAGCUACUUAUCAUUCACCAGGACAAUUGCCACCCGGUGCUAGCUAUUAUCCUUCUGCACCCAUGGGCGGUGGCUUACCAGCAGGAGCUACAUAUCAUUCACCUGGACAUUUGCCCGCAGGAGCGACGUACUAUCCCUCAUCUCCAGUAGCAGCUGCUCCAGCCUAUUAUCCAGCACCUGCAGCAUUACCAGCUGGAGCUACUUUCUUGCCUGCUGGCUCAGCUAUACCAGCCGGAGCUACAUUUAUACAACAGCCCCAAAAAUCAUCUUCCGGUUUAGGUUUCGGAAGUGGUUUACUUGCUGGUGGUUUAGCUGGUGGUUUAUUAGGCCAUGCCUUAACACCUACACAUACCAGAGUCGUGGAUCAUGGUUCCUCCUAUAGCGGAGGUGGUGGUGGCGGCGGCGGUUAUAGUAAUGGAAAUUCUGGCGAUAAUAGUGAUAAAAUAAUCAUUAUUAAUAAUGGACCUCCAGGUUCGGUGACAACCACCGAUGUUGGCGGAGGUACUACUGUUAUAAACACAGGUGUCGCCCAACCUCAAUCUGCAGGCCCAGCACCUGCACCUAUGGCUCCAGUUCCAUCUUAUGCACCACCAGCUCCGGCCGCAGAACAACCACCACAAUUGGCUCCUCUUAAUCCCAUCAAUAUGGAAAACACAAACUCUGCUAAUGGCGCUACUUUAGCUGCAGGCGGUGCUGCUGCAGCAGGUUUAGCAGCGGGAGGCGUAGCUACUGCUGCAAUGGCACAGAACCCAACACCACCUCAACCAGCUGCACCUGGUACAAUGCCAGCAGAACAACCAAUGACACCUGGGGCAGCACCCGCUGAGCAACCACCAGCACCAGGUGGAAUAAUUUGUGUACCUGUAAAGGUACCUGAACCCGAUCCAAAUGAUAGCACCAAAACUAUUGAAGUUGAAAAAAUUGCCUGUUAUCCAGCUCCCCCGCCAGAAGUUACUACUCCUGCACCAAACUGUGUGCCUGUUAAGGUACAAGUACCAGAUCCAAAUGAUAGUACCAAAACUAUUGAAGUUGAAAAGAAAGCUUGCUAUUCAGAUAUUGCAUCAGAACCAACAAUGGCAGUCCACCCAGCAGAGUCUAGCUCAACAGCAGCUACCGAAGCUGUUACGGCAGCUACCACAGCUGUUACAGCUGAAAAAAUAACGACUUUAGAAGGUGGCGUGGCCUUGGCACCAUUACAAACCACAACUCCUCUAGUGAUACCAGAAGGAUCUGUGCCAUUAGCACCCUUAACUCCUUAUGGUCAACCAGAUAUUAUGAAAUUGCCGGGUUAUUACAGUAAUAUUCGUUCAUCCGCCUUGAUGGCAGAUUCAUCUGGCAUUCAUGUAGCUACUAGUAGUUCAGGUCAUAAUUUUGCCAAUUUUGGCUUGAUUUCCAUAUUGACUUUAGUAUUGGCUUACUAUUGGAAAUAAUUUUAAUUCAAACUAAUCUACUUAGAAUUUAGUAUAAGUUUUGAAAGAUUUGAACUUUUCUAAAAAUAUUUAAUCACUUUGUUAUCAGGUGAACCAAAUGUUUGUAUAUUUUUUAUUUAAAGGUUUCUAAAUUUAACUGUGAAAAAGAGAUUAUUUUUUUAAAUGCCAGUGUAACAUUUUAUAUUUGUAAAAAAAUACCUUUAAGAAAAUAAAAGAUUUUAGUUUAGUAAUAAAA